AUUCCUCCGUCCUCAAGUCCUCCGAAUACCAUUUCAAACACUCACCCCAGAACUCUGCAAUCCCACCUCCAACAUCGCCCAGAACCCCACAAUGCAACGAGUCAAAAACGUCGGAUACGACGACGACGACAUCUACUCCGAUGAAGACGACUACGGCUAUGGCGAAGAAACAGAAGGCGUAGAUGCCCAAGGCCGCACAGCCGAAGACCUUGAAAACUUCGCUACCCUCACCCCCGUCGUGCGCGCCGAACUCGACGAAGCGGGCGUACCCAGCACCACCAAGGACAUUGAAGAUGCGCUGUGGCAUUACUUCUGGGAUGUGGGCAAAAGCGUGGCGUAUCUGAAGAAUGCGAGGACGCCACGGCCGGCGCAGGGGAAGAAGGAAAAGGUCGAGAAGAUGAAGGCGAAGAGCAAGUUUGAUGAGGCGGCGGAGAAGAGUAAGGUUAUUGCAGGGUAUUUGCCUUUACCACCCACUUCUGCUCGGGACUGGUUUAAAGAUACGCCGUGGACUGGACUUCCUGCGAAUGUGGUUGCAGAGAUGGUACCCGCCGAACCACUGCGACCGAGCCCGAAGCUAUUGGGAGGAUCCUCGAAACUGGCGAAACUGGCAGAGGAGCGACGCAAGAAGGCGGCUGCAGCACAGAGUACUCCAUCAGCACCCACCGACACCACCAGCUCGCUCGAUCGUUUGAGCAAGCCCAAAGAGGCGAAAGAGAAUGUACUCCCGAUCAGAAUCCCAGAGCCGAAGAAGUAUCCGGUCCGCAGGAAGAAGUCACCUUCGCCCCCUCCGCGAGAGCCGACGCCACCGCCAGAAGAGCCCAAGGAGCAGUUACCUGAUUUGCGGUCUGGUCCCACAGCGUUCGGACAGACCUUGUCCAGUAGCCUGCCAUACCAGCACAACGCAGCUCGCAUGGCUCUCCAGGAUCUGCUGGGCUCGAGUCCCGAGUCCAACCCAUUUGAUGGACCAUCGCCGGACGAUACAAAGACCGAAGCACUCAAACUCGACGCGCCUGCGCCUGCAGCGCCGCAAUCAAAAGUACGGAGUAAGGGUCUGGAUGUGCCGAAGCUCUGGGCGGAGGGCAAGUCGGCGAGGAAGUCAUCGGCUGGGUUUGUGGUUGUUGGACAUGUUGAUCAUGGGAAGAGUACGCUUAUGGGUCGAUUACUUCUUGAUACUGGUGCUGUGGCGCAGAGGGAGAUUGAUAAAUACAAGAAACAGGCGACAGAAAUGGGCAAGGCAUCUUUCGCCCUCGCAUGGGUGAUGGACACGGGAUCAGAAGAACGGGAACGAGGCGUCACCGUCGACAUUGCACAACAUCAUUUCAGUACUGAGCAGGCCAACUUUACCAUUCUUGAUGCGCCGGGACAUCGAGAUUUUGUGCCAAAUAUGAUCGGCGGGGCAUCAAUGGCAGAUCUUGCCGUGCUUGUGGUGGACGCAAAUCAGCUGGAGUCGGGAAUGAAGGGUCAAACGAGGGAGCAUAUCCUGCUAACCCACGCAGUCGGGCUACGGAGGAUCGUGGUGGCGGUCAACAAGCUCGAUUCGACCACGCCAGCGUGGGACCAAGGGCAAUUUGACAGCGUCAGUGCAGAAGUGUCAAAACUGCUCGUCGAGACGGGGUUUACACAAGAGAAUAUUGCAUUCGUGCCGUGCAGUGGACUGAGCGGCGAGAACGUUGUCAACAUGACAAAGUCGUCUCACAACGGCUGGACCUCGAAGAGCCAUGAGACGCUCCUACAUCAACUGGAGAUGUCCGCACCACCAGCCGUCACCACGGAGACCAUCAACAAGCCACUACGACUGCAAAUCUCGGACGUCUUCAGAGGCGGCAUCACCAAUCCCCUCUCGAUAUCAGGUCUCAUACGAAGCGGCAGCGUUCAAGUAGGCGACAUCAUCACAGCACAGCCCAGCGGGGAAACAGGGGUAGUAAAGGGCAUCGAAGUCGCAGGGGAAGUCCGAGAAUGGUCCGUCGCAGGCGAGAUCCCCACUCUCCACCUCGUAGACAUCGAUGCGCAGCAUCUCCGCAGCGGCGACGUCGUGUGCACUUCCCAAACACCCAUCACGGUCGUCAAGAAGCUGAAUGUCAAAGUCACGGCUCUGGACAGUUUGCUGCCGCAGAGUGUGGAUGUUCACAUUGGGCGCAUGCAUGUGCCGGGUUUGAUUAGUCAGUUGGUUGCUACGCUUGAUAGGGAGGGGGAGGUGUUAAAGAAGAAGCCGAGGAUGGUCAAGGCGGGUCAGAAGGCGCUGUUGAAGGUUACGUUGCAGGAUGCGGUUCCGAUGGAGAGAGGGGAUCGGGUUGUUCUGAGGGCUAAGGGAGUGACGGUUGCGGCGGGGGUGGUUGAGAGUGUUGAGACGUAG